ACAACAUUCUAUUCCUUUCUCUCAAUCUUUCCAUUUGAAUCUCAACCGUCGAAUGAGAUCAUUCCCAUUUUCUCGCUUAUGUUUGUCAUGACAUUCAUGGUCAGGAACCUCUCUCUCUCUCUCUCUCUCUCUAAGAUUUCCAUCUAUCUAAACUGAAGAAAAACCUCUCUCAAAAACCCAAGUUUCAAUCCAUGGCUACAACAACAACAACCCCACUCUCUCUUCCCUUCUCUUCUUUGGACUCUUCUCAGCCAUCCUUCCUACCCAAAACAACCCACCAUUCCUUCCUCACCCCCAACAAACCUCUCUCACUAUCUUACACCCCCUCCUUUCCUUCUUAUCCUGCGCCCACCCUCUCCAAAUUCCACCUCUUGAAAUCACACCACUCCUCCUACCAUUCUUCCUCGUCCUACUCAUUACCCAAUAAUCCACUUCCGACAGGCCUAUUCCUAAGCCCCGAUGACAUCGAGAAGAAGGGAGUCCUAGAAAGAUUCGAAUACUUUCAACGUCUCCCUCUCGGAUCACUGACCAUUCGAUCAAUGGGAGACAGAAACGUCGAGGCGACAAUUGGGUUGCUUGCGAAUUCUUUCGCAGAGUCCAUGUCGGUUCCGUCUCGGCUUGUGGCGUUUUUGACGUUCUUGGUGAAGCAGUAUGUGACAGAGAGGAGGGCUCUGCUGCCACACGCGGUGAUGCUCAUCGGGUUCUAUAAAGGAGAGGAUGGGACGGAGGAGUUGGCGGGGACGGUGGAGAUCUCUUUCAAUGCCCGGGGUGCAAAUGCGUCUUCUCCGACGCCGGUCCCACCUAGAGAUUUUCCCUAUAUAUGUAACAUGGCGGUCAAGGAGACGCUUCGAAGGAGAGGUAUUGGUUGGAAUCUUCUCAAGGCGUCGGAGCAACUGAUAUCUGAAAUGACGACUUCCAGAGAUGUAUACCUGCACUGCAGAAUGAUUGACAAAGGCCCACUCCAGAUGUAUAUCAAGGCAGAUUACAAAAUAGUUAAAACAGACAGUCUCUUAACUCUGUUAAAAUUCCAGCGGCGCAAGCAUUUGAUGCACAAGACGCUACCCGAGUCAGAUGACCAGUCAUAUAACUGGGAUUCUGAUAAUUAAACCACUCCAUUGGUUUGCCGAUACCAGGCAGAGGCCAUCCACUGAAGUCCGAGAGCAAGUCCCGGCAGAUUUUAGAAGGUACAAGCAACUACUCACUUUGAUUUAUGUAACAAUAAUUGCAUUUGUUAUUUUGAAUGGGUACCACUCGUGUUGGGUAGCCAAUGUAUUGAUAUUGUUGUAUGCAUAAAUGUUGUGAAAUUUCUGUAACAUACAAAGAUUGUCAUUCUUUUUUUCUUCUCACUUUCAAUACAUGAUUUGUUUCUGGUCUUCUUGAAUAA